CGCGGCUGCGCCUCGCGCGUCCACGGGACGCGACGGGGCAGCAAGCCGCGCGGCACCACCGACGAGCGCAGCUGCGCUACCGUUAGGGGAGCGCAGCCACCCAGAUGGCUGGCCACCCCACCCUCCCGGAUGCCGCCCCUUAUCCGAGCUCGGCCAAGCCCAUACCGAGAAUUAUAGCGCCGACCGUUGAUAGUGCGCGGCCACCCGGUUGGUCGGUACUAUGAAGAGCGCGCCACGACAGGCGAGCCCUGUGGCACCACUGAAACGGCCACACAGCAACACAUUGGCGGCGCACAACCGCCCACGAGUUGAGCGCCCCCAGACAUGCAAAUGCUUGCUGUAGCUACGCAGUGCAAUACCAAAUCGGACGAAAAUCAACGGCAGUCGUGGGGAGGUGUUGGUGUUCGUGAGGCACUACGUCCGACGCGCCUCCGAGCCGUGAGGGCACUCGGAAGGGUAGGAGAGAGGGACCGAAAGUGCACCUACUCCGGGUGCGGGAGAUCCUGGCGAGACAGAUCCCACAUACAAUGCACUGAGACCCAUCCGUCCCCUUGUACGUGCGAUGUUUGUGCACAGUGGUCGGCAUCACCUGUGGCUUCGAUAAUAAUAAUAAUAGACCUGACUACGAAACUCUUAUUUGAAUUGACUGCCUUAAUAUCAACUUCGAAUUUUUACCUUGAGCUUUAUCAAUCUUUUGAGAGAAAAUCUCUUGAUAAUGGAGUUGAAACAAGGACAAUCUCGGACCGGGCCUACGACAAAUUUGAGUCAUACCCAGACAUGACCAGAAAGAAAGAAAGACGACAUCGGGGUGAUUCCACACAUGAAUGAUAUCGAUCCUUUCCUCUUGGAUAUUGAAAGAGAAGAACAAUGAUUAUUCGG